AUGACAGUCAUCCCAUACUCACUCUCACUCUCAGAACAACUUCAAGACUCAUUCUCACAACUUUGGUCAGCACUCAGACAGGAAUUCGAAAGAUUUAAGCCAACCAAUUCAAACGAGGAUAACACUCGGUUAUUACUCGAGAGACUCAGAGCAAUCAAGAACUAUCUCGUCGGAAGUAAAGCCCGCAAAUCAUUCACUACAACCGAUCCAUCUAUCUCCAAAGAAUUAAACCUAUUGGCUUCAGUUUUAGAAUGGGACUGUUUGGAUUCGAGUAUCAUCAAACUGAAGAUUGAAGCUGCUGCAAUCGUGGGGCUUUUAUCAAUCCCGGAAGACCAGACAGUUCACGUGCUGCUCGAAGCUCGUUUACCCCUGGUGAUUAUCGAUUCGAUCACCCGUCUGUUGACAGAGAUACCAAUCCAUUCACUCCUAACCUCUCAGGGUCCGCCCACACUGGGUGAACAACAUCUCCUUCAGACCUUACUUCGCACUCUCUCUUCACUUUACAGCAUCAUUCUGGAUGUCUCUACUCCCAGGAAAUGGGGAUUCAUGACCAAGUCACCAGAACGGGUCCAUCUGCCCCACUCUCGACGAUCGAUCGGCAAAAACAACUAUCCUACAUCCCCCUUUGACCGCCAAGAUGUGAAACUUGACUUGAAGGGUAAAUCCAAAGCUCCGACGGAUUUUGAAGAGAACAUGCAUCUCAAAUCUUCGAGAGUCGAAGUCGACGAGCCAACGACGUUCGAUUUUUGGCCGACCUCAAAGCCGAACAAGUUGAAAGAAUCAUGUGAAGAAGCAAAGGCGAUGUUGUCAAAGUACAUCGCCCACGGUAAUAUCCUGAUCCCCUUCGUCCUGACCAUCAGUCAACGCUCUCUACCCGACGGCUCGCUCAUCAAUCUAUCCUCGGUCUCGAUCGCCGCCCUCGUCGUUCCCUGUUUGCAGCUGAUCUGGCUGUUAUGUAAGGAUACCCGCCGACAGAUCUGGCUGGCCAGGAAGCUCAUAGAAGCAGAAGACCCCCAAGGGCAUGAAGACAGCUGUCUGAAAGCGUUGGCGAACUGCUUGAAGGCUUGGUUAUAUUCCAAUCACGAUCUGGCUACUGAAUACGCCAUCCGGACCAUUGGUGCCUUAUUGUCUAUCCAUGAACCCCCACAUUAUUCGGAAGAUUACGAGCUCCUCGAAUAUCUCGAUCAGCUCGUUUGGACUCAAUCUACCCCUUCAUCAGUUCCCUCCUGUUAUACAACCACCGACAACCCCAAUGUCUCGCCUUUGCAGGACUGCGGCAUUGGUUGGAUUUUAACCUGUAGGUCUCAGACAGGUAGUCCCACCCUACGGGCGGCUUUGGCUACUAGCAUCGUUAGUUUGGUUAAGCACUUUCCUGACAUUCGACUGAGGAUACUGCUCUUGCAAAUCCAUCAUACGAUUGAACUCAUCGACAAUGCUUCAUAUUCAAUUGCCGUCAGGUCCGAAGCUGCUUAUGCUCUUGCCCAUACUCUUACUAUCUCAGAAAGCCUGCAUUACGAGGCAUACGAUGCUAACGCAAUCCCCGUCUUAAAAAAGCUGAUCGACAAAGCUUCCGUCGAUCCUGUCCCAUACCCCACACCUGCAUUUGUCACUCACAGUGCGAUGUUAAGAGAAAGCGCAUAUCUUGCAUUAGCCUCAUUAAUGUCUACCUUGGAUGCGCCCAGGAAACAAGUGAUUGCGAUGAGUCUGUUACCGGGCAUUGUUGAAUCGCUAGCGGACCCAUCGAUCCUAGUGCGAUCGGCAGCGUGCCAAUGUUGCCGGGCUUUAUCGCGAGCAAUCAGUAUAGUUCGGACUAAACUGGCCGAUGAAGGUGCGGGCUCUCGUCUGUUCGAUCUAGCUUUUGGACUUGAAAACCGCAGGGAUCAUUCCUCCGCCGUCGGAGACCUCGAUGAUGAUGAUGACGAUCUGGAUGAGGAUGCGGUGGAAAUACAGUUGAAAAUUGUCGCGAUGGGUGCACUCUGUAACCUCGUGCUCGAAUUCUCGCCCAUGAAAAGUGAAGUGUUAAAUCGCCAUGGGAUCGAGAAAUUCAUCAAGUUAUUGAAGUUCUCCAAGUAUCAAUCUUUGAGAGAAUCAGCCCUCUGGGGGUUAAAGAAUGUAAUCUUCUCUUCAAGUUAUCAGCUCAAAUUGAGAGUGAUAAUGUGUUUGGGAUGGGAUGAAAUUUUCAAGUGUUUGAAUGAUAAGAAUUUGUCUAUCCAAGAAAACAUGAUCUCGUUUUUACGAAACCUAGCGUGUGGAGAAAUAUCAGAUAUUGAGAUCAUAUUCAAACAGUUAACAAACACCAACAUAGAGAACACACAUCCUUCGUUGAUCGAGCUCCUGGAAGAAAAGCUAUUAUUUUCGUUUUCGACGUCAUCAGGACCUACGAACACUAGCACUACUGCUACCGGUGCCACUCUCAUGGAUAGUCGACAGAUCUCUACGAGUCUAAUCAAUGAUUCCUCGAAGGAACAGGUCCUAAUCCAGACCAUCUACACAUUCUCCAAUAUCGCCACGGGCAAUCUCGCCCACAAGACGUGCAUCUUGGAGAGGCCUAGGGUCAUGAAAGCGGUUCUUGAGGCUUUGUCACAUCCUAAUCCUGAUGUACAAGUUGCUGCUAUCUGGUGUAUAAUCAAUUUGACUCACUUCGACGAGGACACGAAACCAAAAGUGAUGAUGAACACGAUUCACAUCAUCGAAGAGCUAGGAAUCCCGACGAAACUGCAAACGAUUCUGCGAGACUUCAAGAGUGUUGAAGACGGUGGCGGCGAUCACAAGAGCAGCAACAGUAACUUCAGGAAUUCUGAACAUGAUUCGGGAGCGGAGGGGGUCUCGUAUGGACAUGUGUCCUACCAGCAUCACCAGGACUCGGCGGCAAGGAGCUUCCAGGUCAAGGACCGUGCCGAGUGCGCGCUGAUUCAGAUCAUGCGGGCGAAGGAUAGCUUGCACUGUUGA